AUGUGGUGGCUCGCCAACGCGCUCAACUUCCCGUUCUCAGUGGAGACGGUGUGUGUGUUCACGGCGCCAGUGUUCUCAGCGCAUGCAGCGUGGGCCACCUUCCUCUUAGCCAAGGAGGUCCGGGGCACGGGGGCUGGCCUCACUGCUGCUGCUCUCAUUGCCAUGGUCCCGUCGUACAUCUCUCGCUCAGUGGCUGGCAGCUACGACAACGAGGGGGUUGCUAUCUUUGCGCUCGUCUUCACCUUCUACCUCUACAUCAAGACCCUCAACACGGGUUCUCUCUUCUACGCCACGGCCAAUGCAGCUGCCUAUUUCUACAUGGUGAUGUCGUGGGGCGGCUACACCUUUAUCAUCAACCUCAUCCCCAUCCACUCAUCACCGCCCCUACACUCCCUGCAUUCCCCACCAACACAGGAUCACUCUUUUACGCCACGGCCAAUGCAGCGGCCUAUUUCUACAUGUGCUGUUCAGCACCUCUGCAGCCCUCUGAGCGUGCUCCGAGUGUACACCUCUCACGCUAACUCCACCCUUCUCACCUGCGUACACCUCUCUCCCCACCCCACGGGCUCCUUGACAGAUCAUACUCGGCACGCUGCUGGCAGCGCUGGUGCUGUUCAGUGCCUCUGCGGCCCUCUCAAUGUGCUCCGUGCGUGCACCUCUCUCCCCACCUCACGUGCUCCCUGGCAGAUCAUACUCGGCACGCUGCUCGCAGCACUGGUGCCGGUGGUGGGAUUCAAUGCUGUCAUGACGUCUGAGCACUUCGGGGGGUUCCUGGUGUUUGUGGUGCUGCACAUCGCUGCCCUCAGCUACUACAUCAAGGCGCUGCUGCCUGCUAAGGCCUUCCGCAUUGCUCUCACCCUCAUUGUAUCAGUCGGCACGGUGGCGGCAGUGGCGCUGCUCUCUGCUCUCGUUGCCAUGGUGCUCGCCAGCCCGACUCUUGGCUGGACAGGCCGCUCUCUCAGCCUUCUCGACCCCACAUACGCGUCAAAGUACAUCCCCAUCAUCGCCAGUGUGAGCGAGCACCAGCCGCCCAUGUGGACUUCCUAUUUCAUGGAUCUUCAGCUGCUCGCAUUCCUCGCUCCUGCUGGACUUAUUGCGUGCUUCCUGCCGCUCACAGACGCGAGCUCCUUUGUGGCCCUCUACCUGGUCGUUUCCGUGUACUUCUCCGGAGUCAUGGUCCGUCUGAUGCUGGUGCUGGCUCCAGCAGCGUGCAUCACAGCAGGCAUUGCAGUCAGCGCGCUCUUUGACGUCCUCACUCGCUCCGUUAAAGCCUCUAUCGCGGACCUCAUUGACCUGGCGUACGCUGCUGCCAAGCAGGACAAGGGCGAGAAGGAGGACACUGCUGCUGCUGCGGCUGAGGCCGCCAGCAAGACUGGCGAGGCAGCGAGCCAGGCCAAGGAGCGCAAGGCGGGAGCGGGGAAGAAGAAGAAGGGCAAGGAGGGCGAGGGGGAGGGGGGGGAGUCUGACGAGGAGCCUGCAGGGGGGGUUUCGGGAGCUGAAAAGAGGAAGGGGGUGAAGGGGAAGGGGAAGGGCAAGGGGGGAAAGGAGAAGGAGAAGGGGAAGGAGAAGUUCCCUCUGGUGGUGCCCGGCGAUGCUGCAGCUGUGGGCAUCAUUCUCAUGCUCGUGGGGCUGGCGUUUUACACGAUGCACUGUGUGUGGGCUGCAGCAGACGCCUACUCGGCUCCAUCCAUCGUGCUCUCUUCCCCCACCCAAGACGGCGGGCAGUACAUAUUUGACGACUUCCGUGAAGCAUAUGGGUGGCUGCGACACAACACGGACGUUAAUGACAAGGUGGCAUCGUGGUGGGACUAUGGGUAUCAGACCACAGCCAUGGCUAACCGCACAGUGAUCGUCGAUAACAACACGUGGAACAACACUCACAUCGCCACUGUCGGCAUGGCCAUGUCAUCGCGGGAGAAGGACGCGUGGGCCAUCUACCGCUCCAUCGAUGUGAAAUACGUCUUUGUGGUGUUUGGAGGCAUGGUGGGCUACCCCAGCGAUGACAUCAACAAGUUCCUGUGGAUGGUGCGCAUUGGAGGCGGUGUGUUUCCGCGGAUCAGGGAGCCCGAUUACCUGAACAACGGCAACUACCGGGUGGAUGGUGAGGCCACCAGCACUAUGCUCAACUGCCUCAUGUACAAGCUCUCCUACUACAGGUUCGCAGAGGUGGACGGGAGGGGCUUUGACCGAGUGAGACGCACAGAGAUAGGCAAGAAGAACAUCAAGCUUACGCACUUUGAGGAGGUGUUCACGUCGCAGCACUGGAUGGUCCGCAUUUAUCGCCUCAAGGAGCCCAGAAACCGGCCUCGCGGGACUGGCAAGAGGCUCACACGCGUCUCCGCCAACAAGGCGAAGGGGUUCUGGUUCGUCUGUUUUGGCAACCGUGGGCUGCUGUCGCCCUGUUUCGUUAACCCCUCCCCGUCUGGUAAGUUCCCUUCUGUCGACUUCAGCAACCUCGGAUGGAGACGUGGCUACUUUGCGGUCUCCCAUUCGCCCUCUCCGGUUGUUCGGCGCCGUACCUACUUUAUACAGGUAAGCUCCCCUCCGUUUGGCUUCCCCGGCCCACCUCUGGCUCUCCCUGCUCCGCCUUAUCCGUCUGUUUACGUGGCCCUCCUGUGUUUUCCUUCCCGUGCUGACGUGUGUUGGUCGUUGGUUACAUGCAUCCCCUACGGCCAGCCCAACCAACUCACCUUCUUCUCAACGUUCGUGUUCAAGCCAAGCUGCCUCCUUCCUGCUUGGCGUGUUGGGCUUGCAUGGCUUGCUCCCUCGUCAGACUGGCACUCUCUGACGCCAGCUGACUCCCUGAGUGAUUCCACACUCGAUGCCUCUCACACAUUCCUACUUGAGCUGGUCCAUCAUCCCUCGGUGCGCCAUGGCGAAAGCCUUAGCCGCCAUGUGCCUCGUGCGCUCCUGCCUCCUUCGCUUUCCAUCUCCUCUCGCUAUCUCGCGACACGGCUUCCCAAGCAGGAAACGUCUGUCUAUUUAGUUUUUUCCCGUUUAGUCAUUCCUCGCACCUCCCUUCUGAUCUGCUUCUUUUCCUGGCGGAUCAUGGAGCACUCGUCUGCCUUUGAUGCGGUUAUGGCAGACAAUGCGGGGAUCACUCCCUCAUUCAGUGAUCUUCUUGGUGACGGUUCUCCCGUCGCCAAAAAGGUGUGCAAGGCCGCUUCUUCUUCUUCCUCUAAGCUCCCGGCCGCGGCUCCUCGGCCGGUGCCUGCUACGAACGCGGAAGUCUCCUCCGCUCCCUCUCUUGGGGUCCCUGGCAAGCGUUUUCGCCGGCUGUGUGCUCAACGUGAUUCUGUCGGUGAAACCGUGGCGGAUGUCGAACGCGACUUCGAUUCCCUGGUCGCUGUAAUUUUUCCUGACCAUCUUGCCGUUCAGCACCGCAAGGAUAUUGUUAGCUGUAUCAAGAAGAGCCUGCGUCGUUCUGAUUUCAAGAGUUGGCAGAUCCCUACUUUCAAGUCUAUGGCUGGUGCUAACCUCAAGUUUGGAAAGAACACCUACUCCCGCCAGAUCUUGCAGUUCCCCACAAAGGAAGCGGCUGAUGACUUUCGCGCUCGCCCCCCGAUCUUCUUCUCGCCGCCCAACGGCCCGGCAGUUGAGCUGAAGGUGUACACCGACCCUGCUCCCGAGUUCACCGCGGCGAAGGAGCGUGGAGAAACCCACAUCGUCCUGCGCAACAUCCCGUUGGGCCUCUCUGAGGAAAAGCUGCAUUCGGCUCUGAUGAACGGCAAGAAUCGUGACGGGCAGAAGUGGCUCGCGGACCUCAAGCACUUCCACUCGGCCUCCGACCCUUACGAGGAAAUGUUUCAGCUGCAGAUGCACGGCAUCGUUGCUCCCAUGCCUGGGGACGGGUCUUUCAGUGUCACUCCACCGCUUCUUUGGAUCCCUGGGGUGCGUGAGCCGGUUCUCGUAAACCUCUCAUGCCACUCCUGCAGCAUCUGCUCGAGUCAUCACCGCACUGAGGACCACCACGUGUUCCCGACGCUGCGACGCAAUAAGAUCAACAAUCCGUACGCGAUCUCCGUCGCUCAGCUUCAAAAUAUCAAUGAUGCGAGCCUUGUCCUGCCGGCUUCCUUCCAGCUCUUUUCUGGGAAGUUGUCCAAAGCGCUCGGGCACUCGCCUGCCGUCAUCAAGUUCAAGCAGGACCUCGGUCUCCUCUUCAUCAGCCUCGACAGCGACGUCGAGGCCUGGACCUGCUGUGCCUGCGAUUUCACAUGUGGCUGGACCAUCGACACGGCCCUCGCUCAUUGCGACGCGAUGCAGCACCUCCGUCGGUUGCAGACCUCUGGCGUGCUCCUGAAGGAGGAGUACGGGGACAUGAAAGCGCUCGACUUCCUGAAAAACGACCAGCUGCUGAAAUUCAUGGCGGAAGAGUGA